UGGAACGAGUCCUCCUUCGCUACUGUCCUUCUCAGCUCUGCAAGAAUCUCUCAUAAUGGCACGUCAUUUAACUCGAUAAACUCACCAUGUAACGUUCAAUGGGUUUUUUUUUACAUUUCCAAACGCAUUUCUCAUUAUUUGGUCAAUAUGAAAUACACCUGAUAUUUUCGUUUUGCACUUUACGGUUAGCUUGGAGCCUAGCAGGAUAAGUAGGUAAAGGCAGUAGAGGAGCCCAUCAUCAGGUUAACAGUCGCAUUAGCCAGGGAGCAGCGCCUGGAUAAACUACUGUCGUUGCUGUGAAGGUGCGUUUCUUCCCAACAGCUAUGGAAGGAGUGCUUUAUAAGUGGACAAAUUACAUGACAGGAUGGCAACCACGCUGGUUCGUGCUAAACAACGGAAUCAUUUCAUAUUAUGACUCUCAAGAUGAUGUGUGCAAAGGCAGCAAGGGAAGCAUAAAGAUGUCUGUGUGUGAAAUUAAAGUUCAUCCAAGCGAUAACACCAGGCUGGAGCUGAUAAUCCCUGGAGAGCAGCACUUUUACGUGAGAACUGUAAACGCUGCGGAGAGGCAGAAGUGGCUGGUGGCUCUGGGCAGCUCGAAAGCAGGACUUAUCGACACAAGAACCAAAAAAGAGAGAGAAUUAACAGAGACUAAGGAGUCACUGAAAACCAAGAUGUCGGAAUUACGACUGUACUGUGACUUAUUAAUGCAACAGGUUCACACUAUUCAGGAGUCUGUGGAACACGAGGGAGAGCAUUCAGAGAUGAGGAAGGAGGCAUCAUCUCUGCUGAGUGCCACCUGUAAUACCUUCAUUCAGACACUGGAGGAAUGCAUGAAAAUCGCCAAUGCCAAGUUCCAGACGGACAUGCUGCAGCUGAGUCCUUCAGACCCUCUGAUGUACCCCGUCUCUCCUUCCCCCGUCCAGAUGGCCAGGAUGAAACGAUCAAUCAGCCAUCCAGGCACCUACAGUUAUGACAGCACACUGGAUCUCCUCCACCUUCCCUCAAGGUCAAGUGUGUCGAAGGCAUGUGUGGUGGUUCAUGGGGUAUCCCAGAGACGCACGCGUACGUGCUCGGAUACGGAAGCUCUUAGUGACGGUGGAGGAGAGGAGAUGGAGCGUGAGUCACUACCCAUAUACACACGUCACAUGCUGUUCAGCAAAGGAAGCACGAACGGCAGCGCCAACACAGCCAUCCCAGAGGAGAGCAGCACGGCCUCUCGCUUUGCAGCAGAAACAGACACUCCAGAGUCGGACCUGUCACUCUGAGCGUGUUGGGCCUGUGUUCCUAACCCAGAACCAGCGGACCCGUCUUGCCCACAGCUUUCCAUAGGGGUGCUGUUGGGAGUGUUCUUUCCUCAACGAAGCAUUUUGGUGCACUUUAAUAAUGAGAAAGUGGUGGAAAAACAUGUCCAAUUUGAACGUUUGUAUUUUUACACGUAUUUCAGAUUGUUCUUUGUUCGCCAAAUCAAUGUUAUGUUUUCGGUUCCUGAUUUUUGGCCGUUACCAGCUCACUUUAGUAAAGCGUGCUGGUAUUUCAGUUUCGAUUUUCCAGGUGGUGGAUGUGUUGGUGCGUGGGUGGGGGUGGGUGUGUAUGCGGACACUAAUGAACGCUUUCUUGCUUUGUAGUUCACUUGCCACGCCCCAGUGUUAGCUAGUUUAUUAACACAUUGUUUAUUUAUUUUCAUAAGUUGCCAGAUUUUACAUGUCACAUCCCUUAAUGUAAAUGACUUUUGCCUUAAAAUUUAUUCUUUGCAUGAAGGAUCUGAUGUAUUGAUAAAUGUAGUGUAAAAAAGGAAUUAAAAAGGUAUAGGAUGAUUUUUUUUAAACUUAUUUAUUUUUUCUGUGCCAUUACUGUUGACAGUGUGACAAUAGCGACAGAAGGGACUGAAGCAUAUUGCAUGCCAGUUUGCCAAAUCUACCUUUGCCCCUUCGGGACGCUUUUGGGAUCAUUACUGUCCAGGAUUGUACUUCAUGCUGCACAACCCCAGCUACCAAAUACAACAAGGGUUUUUUAAACCAUUUACAACAUCAUCAGGUUUUGUGCUGUUCAGAGCACCCCCACCCUCUGCCGGGCCUGAAGAAUAGGUCCUUACGAGUUCUGGCGCUAGGUUGGAGAAUUGCAGGUGGAGUGGUCCAGAUGGAGCCGAGCGCGACACAUUGAGCUGUAGCUGAAUUAUCGUGAUCACCUGCUUACACUGCAGAAAGAACUGCAGAACUGGAAUAAAGAGCAGAGAAGCUCUUCUUUCACCCGA